AAAAACAGAGAAAGACCUUUGCAAGUACCUCCAUAACUCCGGUCUGGCCGUCACCUCCCACGCCGUUUAUAAAUGGAGGCGAGCAGCCACAUGGCCACCCCAGUACAAACGCAUUGCUCGCUGUGCUCCGCUGUGCUGUGUCCUCUCUGCUCCCACUCUCCCCAAAGCGCUCCGCCCCCGCCGCCGCCGCCGCAGCCUCUUCAGCACCCUCCUUUCCGUUCCGCAGCAUGAAGCGCCUGCUCCGGAGGCUCUCCCGCGUGGCCGCGGCCGACGCCUGCGCCGCCGCCGCGUACCAGCCGCUCCGCGCGGCGCCCAAGGCCGCCGCCGCCGCCGCAGCGGCCUCCGGCGCGCGGCUCCUGGGCGGCGGCGCGCGCGUGCCGGAGGGCCACGUGCCGGUCUGCGUCGGCGAGGAGGGCGGGCCCUUCGAGCGCUACGCCGUGCGCGCUGAGCUCCUGGGCCGGCCCGCCUUCGCCGCGCUCCUCCGCCGCGCCGCGCAGGAGUACGGCUACGCCCACCCCGGCGCGCUCCGCAUCCCCUGCGCCGUCGCCGACUUCCACGACCUCCUCCUCCAGCUCGCCUACCCCUCCGCCGACCACGCCGACGACGAGGCGGCGGUCUGCUACUACUAGACGCCGCCGCCGCCGCAUCGGCGGCAUCCCCACCCCGCCGGCGCCCUCCCCCUCCCGCCCUUGCCAUCCUGGGGAGAAACAAUCGCGGAGGGCGCAAUUGAGAUUUGCCCCCACGGUACAACGGUGGCGCCGCCGGUGACCGCAACCGCAGCGCCAAGCGCUCCCUGCGUUCUUACCGAUUUGCCCCUGCUUGGGUGGCCUGUACAUACGGAGGAUUGGGAGUACAAUGGGGAUUUCGCCCGCCGCAUUCUCUCCUGCUGGACAGUUUUAGUACCUGCUGUCUGGUAGGAAUUAGGGGAAAUUUUCCUUCUUUUUCUUUCUCCUCCUUCCCGUGUUUUUUGGGUGCUCGUCUGGAUCUAGCUGUGGCAGCCUGGCUCCUAGCACUAGCGGUGGUGGUUGUAAUGGAGUGGUAGUGGGAGCACCUGCCUUGUUGUUUUUCCUAGGGGUUUUGAGGCUAUCUCCAACUAUUCCCCUUCUCUAA